AUGUUUUCUGUCAAGAGAAGCCGAACUGUGGAUUUCCACACUCCAAGCCACGCAGCAUCUGCCCAUACAGUUGCUGCUAACAACGACCUCUUAAUCCAAAUCCUCCUACACCUCCCCAUAAGAUCUCUCUUUCGAUUCAAAUCCAUGUCGAAACACUGGCUCUCUCUCAUCACCGACCCCCAUUUCUCUCGUCUCCAAAACCAUAACACUAGGUCUCCCUCAGGUUUGUUCUUGCGCAGGUCCUCAUUUGUCAUCAACCCAGAAUAUGAUUUCGUCCCUCUUGAUGAUGGCAGUUCAACCAGAGCUCCUUUCAGAAGUCUCACUUUCGUUAACGAUCCUUACGGUCUAAUAAUUUUACAGUCCUGCAACGGGUUACUCUGUUGUUGUAGCUACCGACUGAUUAAUGGUAAACGCAAAUAUUACAUCUACAAUCCCACUACCAACAACCCGAUCCAUCUCGCCGAGAUUUCAGGAUCAAUCGUGGGAUUGAAUCGGUUCACGGUGUUCAUUUAG